AUGGGUGGAGGAGAGACUAUACCAAUGAGCAGCAAGACAGUCCUCAGUCAACCAGGCCAGAACAUCUUCCUCCACGCGGUGGUCGAUCUCGGCAGCAAUGGCAUCCGCUGUUCAAUUUCCGAUCUUGCACCCCCAAGCACUCGAGUCAUACCCACAGCGCACUUCCACCGGGUCGACAUCUCCUUAUUCGAAGCCCAAGUCGAUCCCAACACUGGAAUUCGAAUUCCCAUCCCCCGCCGCAUCAUUGACAGGGUUGUCAGUGCUAUAGUCCGGUUCCAGAUUGUCUGUGUUGAGAUCGGAGUGCCUCAACAGAAUAUACGUAUCAUUGCGACGGAAGCGACUCGGACUGCGAUCAAUGCCUCUGAGUUCAUUGAAGCGAUUCGUUUGAAGACCGGGAUUUUGGUCCAGGCAUUACGGAAGGAGGAGGAAGGUGUCAUUGGUGCGUGGGGAAUUGCUAGCAGUUUCUCAGAUGUGGAGGGACUUGCUCUGGAUCUGGGUGGUGGCAGUAUGCAAAUGACAUGGAUCGCUUCUCAUGCUGGCAAUGUGCAGAUGAGUCCGCAGGGAUCGGUCAGUUUUCCCUAUGGAGCAGCCGCACUGACGCAGAAAUUGGCCGAUCUGAAACGGGAUAAGAGCAAAGAGGAGGCCCACAAGGCUCGGGAGGAGUUCCGUAAAGAGAUGGCGGAUAAUUUCCGCGCUGCCUUUGAGAAGAUCGAGGUUCCAGAGCACCUGGUGAAAAAGGCCAAGCAGCAAGGUGGAUUCCCUCUGUAUCUCUCUGGAGGCGGGUUCCGUGGAUGGGGUUAUCUUUUGCUGUACCUCCACCAGACCAAAAAGCGCAACUACCCCAUCUCCAUCAUCAAUGGGUAUACGGCGCCCAAGAAGGACUUUGAAGACACCGAGGCCCUCAAGGAGAUAGCUCGGACUGCACACGAGAUCUUCCGCGUCUCUGAUAGGCGGCGCAAGCAGGUUCCCUCUGUGGCGUUCCUAGUGAACACCCUAGCCGAGUCGUUACCGCAUGGGAUCAAGGAGGCCCAUUUCUGCCAAGGUGGAGUGCGCGAGGGUGUCUUGUUCCGAGAGAUGCUCCCGGUCGUUCGGCAGCAGGAUCCUUUGGAGGUCGCCACGGCCCGAUAUGCACCUACAUCAGCGCAGGCCCUUGCAGCUUUGAUCCUGGCUGCUCUUCCCCGACCCUCCGCCACCCGAUCCUUCCCCUCCUCCAUCAGUCUGCACCUGGUGCAGGCCUUUGUGAAUGUUCUCUAUUAUCAUUCCACCAUGUCCAAGGAACUCUCCUCCAGUGCCGCCAUGUUCAGCACCAGCACGGGCAUUCUGGCGUCCACCCACGGCAUCCCCCACUCGCACCGGGCGCUGCUCGCCCUCAUGCUGCAGGAGCGUUAUGGCGGAGAAUUACCACCCCGAGACAUGGGCUUCAAGACCCACCUGCAGGGCAUCCUUACCCCCGAGGAAGUGUGGUGGACCCGUUAUCUGGGUAAGCUGGGGCUCGUGCUCAGUCAGCUUUACCCGACCGGAUCAGUCGAUACUUCGAAACCUCGGAUCCUGCCCCGGGCCGAGUGGCGGACUGGGCUUGGGAAGAAAGGCAAUAAAGAUGGAUUGGAAUUAACCAUAUCCGUUCAAAAGGUCGCUUAUGAUCCUACUCAUUUGAAAGAGGAGCUGGAGCAUGACGUGCAACGGAUCCAGAAGGUGGGUAAGCGCAAGAACUGGAUUGGUGGACGGGAUGGAUGGGGCAUUAAGGUGCGUGUCUCGGUGGUGGAGGAGGAUUUGAUCGUGUGA